AUGCGCUCCCCACCUACCUCACCACCCGCCGCCAAAAGAGCUCGUCUGGACACUGACAAGACGUUCACCACUCUGCCUCCUUCACCCUCUUCUUCGUCUUCCAACGGUCGCUUACACGCCAAUGGCGCCAAUGGCUCGUCAAAACAGCCUCCACCUCCGUCGACGACUGCGCCGCUACCACCGGGAGCCGAAAGCUCAGCUAUCGAUGAUAGUAGUGAUGAGGAAGAAGAGUCGAGGCCUGAACCCGAGGACCUUUCUCGUCGAGACCUGUAUCUGGAUACGGUAUCUCGUUCCAACCUAGACUUUGACUUUGAAAGAUUAUGUUCGAAAUCUUUGAGCAAUAUCAACGUCUACGCUUGUCUGGUAUGCGGCAAAUAUUUCCAAGGGAGAGGCAGAGGCAGUUGGGCCUAUCGGCACGCAGUGGAUCAGAACCAUCGCGUAUGGCUGAACUUGGAGACGGAAAAGUUUUACGUUUUGCCUGAAGGAUACCCCGUCUCCGACCCAUCUCUUAACGACAUUCUCCGUGUCCUCAAUCCUCAGUACAAAUCCGCCGCCCUACCCGCUCUUUCCAACCUGCCGCCGCCAUCUUAUACUCUAGACGGGGCAGCCUACUAUCCAGGCUACAUCGGUCUGAAUAACGUCAAGGCCAACGACUAUCUCAAUGUAAUCCUGCAACUCAUCCUGCACAUCCCUCCCGUUAGGCAAUUCCUCCUAGAUCCAAACACCCCUCAGCUCCAGGAGCAAGCUCGACCUACCGAGCUCGUCAAGCGGUUAGCGACUUUGGCCAAGCGCUUAUGGAAUCCCAGAUUGUUCAAAGCUCAGAUUAGUCCGCACGAGUUCCUACAGGAAGUCGCCAAAAGAAGUAAUGGCAAAUUCAAGAUGACAGAGCAAGGAGAUCCGGUCGAGUUCCUGGGUUGGCUGGUGAACACUCUGCAUAGGGAUCUGGGAGGCUCGAAGAAGAGGAAUUCAAGUGUUAUCUACUCUACAUUUCAGGGCAAGGUGCAGAUCGAGACGCAACAGGUCAUUAUCCAUAAGGAUCAUGCGAGGCCAAUAUUCGACAUUGGUCGAGAGAUCCAAGUCGUUUCAUCUCCAUUCCUAUUCUUAGCCCUCGAUCUCCCAGCUACACCCCUAUUCACCGAUCUGAAUGAGAAAAAGAUCAUUCCUCAAGUUCCCUUGUCCGCUAUCCUCGCCAAAUUCGACGGCAAAACCACCCAGGAAUUUGGACCGACAUUGAAGCGACAUCACUUGACGGCCCUACCGCCGUAUCUGAUCCUUCACAUCAAGCGCUUCACAAAGAACAACUUUGUAGAAGAGAAAAACCCGACCAUUGUCAAUUUCCCUCUUCGGGGCGUCGAUGUGGUGGAUUAUGUCGAUCCGAAACCAUCCUCGCCGAUGCACACCAUAUAUGACUUGCUUUCAAACGUCACUCUAGACUCCACUGUUGCGACGACAUCUUCAGCUGGAACAGGUCCAGGGGUCAGCAAACCAUCUCGGACGAAAGACGAAGAAGGUAUGACGUCGUGGAAAAUCCAUCAGAGAGCAGGACGAGGGGGCGCGGACGGCGAAAAGUGGUUUGAAAUGCAGGACCUUAGAGUCGAGGAAGUCAGGAAAGAGAUGGUUUUCCUUGGAGAGACUGUCAUUCAGGUAUGGGAGAGGCGAGAUCUGUCAACGCCGAGCUAG